AUGGGUGUGGUACAGACCAUAGUCGGCGAAAUCGUCAAGAAUCCAGCUCACGAACCUAAAGCCUUUGCGAUAAUGCCCUUCGUAUGGUCAGUCGGUACCAUCUUAGGACCUGCGAUUGGUGGGACCUUUGCAGAUCCAGUUCGCGGCUACCCAUCAGUUUUUCCAAAAGGCAGUUUGUUUGAAGAGUACCCCUGGGCUCUACCUAACAUCAUAUGCUCGGUCAUCAUGCUGUGCAGCUUGGGCUUGGUCAUCUUUUGUCUUGAAGAAACUCAUCCUGAUCAUUGCAAGGGAGCUGACCCUAACGUGCAUCAUCACGUUACUGAGACUACUCCGAUGAUUAUUGGUGGUAAUAAUGCUGCUGACCAAAGCGCUAAUCUUCACGAUGACCACGAUACAUACGGCACUUUCAACGAAGUCGAAGUGACUCGUAGAGACUCGUGGAGAGUCACGCCAGAUGGUACCUUCCGAACCUCAUCACUUUCGGAGCGACAAGUAGAUAAGUGGUUUACUUGGCGGGUCUCCUCCAUCGUCAUUGCUCUUGGGAUCUAUACAUACCACUCUAUGUGCUAUGACCAUUUGUUUCCCAUUUUCUUGCAAGACUCACCUGGUACAGAGCUGAACAUCUCUGCAGCAAGAAGCUCACUCUUGCACAUGGAAGGUGGCCUUGGGUUAUCUACCAAAAUGGUCGGUCUCAUCAUGACUGUUGGUGGCGCCAUCGCGCUGUUCAUCCAGGCUGUCAUAUUCCCAUUCGUCGCUGAUCGUUUGGGAGUGUUCCGCACUUUCAUGAUGGUCACUCUUCUGCACCCUAUUGCCUUCUUCAUUGUUCCAUACCUCGUUUUCUUGCCUUCGGACUCGUUGAUGGUUGGUAUCUAUGUCUGCCUGACCAUUCGGCACUUCUGCUCAAUAUUGAACUACCCUAGUGUACUCAUUCUGCUGAAACAGGCAUGUCCGUCACCUCGAUAUCUAGGCAAGAUCAAUGGAUUGGCUGCAUCUGUAGGCGCUGCUUGCAGAAUGGUUGCACCACCAGUCGCUGGUCUACUUUACACCAAAGGUCGACAGAUUGAGUUCACUGGUUUGGCUUGGUUCGGGGCCGGUGCUGUGGCAAUCCUUGGAGCUUUUCAGGUGUUCUCGGUGCCUCGGGGUAGAGCGGAUGGUGCGGUUGUGCAUUCGUGGACUCGGCGUCUGUCAAACGCUGCUGUUGAGGACGGCAAUGUGCCAAGGGAGGUCGUCAAUAUCACGAUCUAUGAUGAGGGCCCGGACAGCGAAAGGCAAUGA